UCAUUGCAUAUUUACCUCUAGUAUCAAAUGCACGUGCAUCUUAUUAGGUUUCUAAUUAGCGCUUUUCUAAUUGUAAGUACCUCGUCGGCAACGAAAGAAAAGUCGUCUUCUGAAUUUGGAUUUUUGGUAUCUAACUUUUCUCAUGCGAUGACAGCACCCAGACAGAUCAUAAAAAAGCUUCUGAGCAAAGAGGUCAGCGAGGGUGUAGGUGCAAAAGUCCGCAGAAGUGUAGGAAGACCGGAGCUUAAAAAUCUGGAUCCAUUUCUGCUUUUAGAUGAAGGACGAGUGAAAAAACCAGCAGGGUUUCCAGACCACCCUCAUCGUGGGUUCGAAACUGUGAGCUAUGUUUUAAGAGGUGCCAUAGAACAUGAGGAUUUCUGUGGUCACCGUGGUGUAAUAAGAGAUGGGGACGUUCAAUGGAUGACAGCAGGUCGCGGCGUUGUUCACUCUGAGAUGCCGUAUUCAGAUGACGAAACAUGGAUGUUGCAGUUGUGGGUUAAUCUCAAACGUGAUGAUAAAAUGUGUGAACCUGCAUACCAGGAACUUCUAAGCAAGGACAUACCCAAACCAAGCAAGGACGGUGUUAAAGUUGCUGUUAUUUCUGGAGAAGCCCUAGGUGUCAAGUCAAAAAUCUACACACGUACUCCUACCUCAUACCUUGACUUUACCUUGGAUCCUGGAGCCAAACACACACAAGCAAUACCUGAAGGUUGGACUUCAUUCGUAUACACUUUACUUGGUACAGCUAUCAUUGCUGGGGAAGAGGUUAGUGCUCAUCACAUUGUAGUGUUUGGUGAUGGAGAUUCUAUUCAACUUGAAAAUCGUUCAAAUGAGUUGACACGGUUCCUACUGAUAGCUGGAGAACCAGUAAAUGAACCAGUUGUUCAACAUGGCCCCUUUGUAAUGAACACACAAGAAGAAGUACAAAGGACAUUGUACGAAUUCCAACAAGGUUUAAACGGCUUUGAAAGAGCACCGGCGUGGAAAAGCUCAGGUCGUAGAAAGAAAAUGAACUCUUGAGAAAACAUUUGGUAAUAGAUUUUGUACCUGUGUUUGUACCUUCAGAUAAAACAUAAACUGGUAUAAACAAUUUAUAUUUGUAAAUUAAUUUUUUUUAUUUCUUACAUGGUAUUAGUUUCAAUACCUUUUUUCAACAUUCAAAUAAGGACUAUUAAAGUUACUUUUACGUUUUUGUUUUCUGUCUAACACCCUCUUAUCAUUUUUCUUUGUUUUUCUUACAUUUUUUAUAAAACAUUUAUAAAAAUAUGUGACGAUACAUGGUUCAAGUCAGAUUCGAUUAAAAAAGCUCCCUUUUUAUUUAAAUCUUUAAUUUUUAACUGGCUGGUCCAAUUGCAUAUUAAAAGUUAAAUUUAACUGACAUAAGUUUGUCAACAUACUUUAUGGAACCAAAUUAUGUUUGGAACUUGGUCCAAAAUAUAUUUUUAGUUAUAUACUUAAAUAGAAUAGUAAGUUUCUAUCUACACCACAAUCCCUUUCUGCAUCCACGUAAAAAGUAGAAAUAUAUCUUUUGUUAUAUUUUAACGGCAAUAAUCACUGCAGUUUCACGAAGUUUACUUAAUUUUCGUAGACCUAAUUUAUGUGUUUGUAUGUGUGGUUUAUUGUUAAAACUGUAAUUGUAAAAUUACUACACAAUGCGUACAGUUGCAAUCCAGUUACCAAACCAAUAACUUUAGGGCUGUUAUGUAAAACCAAUUUCUUUUUCUAUGCAUAACCCA